CCCGCGCGGGAAAGGGCCUGCGCCGCAUGCGCGCGCACAGUCGGCGGCCGCGCGCAGCACGCUCAAGGCCGGGAUGGCGGCGCCGGCGGCAGGAAGCGGGACGCCCCGAGAGGAGGAGGGACCUGGUGGGGAGGCAGCAGCCUCGCAGCCCCAGGCCCCAACGAGUGCGCCUGGGGCUCGCCUCUCGAGGUUGCCUCUGGCGCGAGUGAAGGCCUUGGUGAAGGCGGAUCCCGACGUGACGCUAGCGGGACAGGAAGCCAUCUUCAUUCUGGCACGAGCGGCGGAACUGUUUGUGGAGACCAUUGCAAAAGAUGCCUACUGUUGCGCUCAGCAGGGAAAAAGGAAAACCCUCCAGAGGAGAGACUUGGAUAAUGCAAUAGAAGCUGUGGAUGAAUUUGCUUUUCUGGAAGAGGAAAGGCCAUACAAGGACAAAGAGAGAAGACGGCCAGCUAUAAGCCAGGAAGAGAGCCUUCACCAGAAACCAAAUUGGUUCGCAUCUUCGUCAUGGACUUCUAGCCUCCAGAGCUGUGAGCAACUUUAUGAUAUGCCAUACAAUGCCAACAUGCAUAAGAAAAGCCAGCUAGAUUUUUCAGUAUUUCAGAACCCAUCUAGCAACAUUCAAGGAGAGACAUUUUCAUCAUUGAAAUGCUCGUGCUGGGGACAGGACAGCCAAGUACAGGUUACCCCAAAAUGGCCACGACUACUGCGAAGGCAGGUCCAGGACACCAUAGACUAGAUGACCUUCCAUCUCUGGGGUAGU